AUUCGUUUAGUUUGGAUUAGCAUGUAAUAAAAAAUGGAGUUGGAUUCAUAUUCACGUUUCGAUAAAUUAUAUAAAAAACUUCUCAGUAUUGGGUUUGAUGAACAAGUGGCUGCUUAUAUUUCGAAUUUGGAGAAAGAAGGCAUGAUAACAGAUGAUGAAUGGGAUACAAAAGCUCUCGAAGCAUUAAAAUCGCUCCCAUCAAAUGCCGCAAUAUCAUUAUUAGAGAAUCUCAAAUCUAGCAAUUAUCGAAACGCCAUAAAUAAAAGCGCCUAUCUAUUCAGUGCAAUUAAAGCACAAAGACAACGUUUAAGUGGCGAAAGAACGAACACCCCGACAUUAUCCACUAACGGCAAUAUGAGAACACGUUCAUCUAAUUCUGAGCAAAAAAAUUAUCGAUCAAACGAAUCAUCCCCAUCCUUUUACACAGGGAUGGCACUUAAAAGAUAUAAUUUUUCACACUCAAAUAAUUCACGUAUUACUGGUUAUCCAGACAAAGGAUCAGAAAUUGUUUGUAAAAACAUCCCUAGAUGUGUUAAAGAAGAUGAUGUAUUAGGGUUAAUGGAAAAAUUAGGACAAGUGUGGGAGUUGCGAAUUAUUACUCAUGAUCCCAAAGCAAAUUAUAAUAGUUUAAAUGGGAAAAGAAUUAAAGAUAAAAAUAAUUGUUAUGUCACUGUUUAUGUCACAUUUAUGACUAAAACAGAUGCUGAAAAAGCUUUAACAGAGCUCAAUGGUCAAUAUGUACAAGGAAAUACAAUUAAAGCAAGCUGGCCUGAAAGUGAUGGUCCAAGACGUUUACAGUUAUUUAAUUUUGAUCAUGAAAAAAGCAAGCCUAAAAUAUACGAACAAAUAUCAUCAUUAACAAAUGGCUUAGUAGAUGUCAUUUAUAAACCUGCCAAUGAUAUUUGCUUAUUGGAAUAUGAAACCCAUUCUUUGGCUCAGAUUGCCCUUGAAAGAUUAUUAUCAACCACUGUUAAAAAGCAGAAUUUUUAUAAUUGUAAUGAUGGUAAGACUCAUGAAAAUGGAAAAGGUUCCAUGUCUUCAUCAUCAUCACUCUCAACACCAGAAGGUGAUAAUGAAGAAGAGGAAGAUGAUGAACAUUCUAUGUUUGUUGUGGAUUGGGCAUCUGGCAGAAAUUAUCUCAAUAACAAUAGCUUUAAUAAUAAUACAAUAGCCAAUUAUACAAACAAUAGUUUGUCAAAUAGUUACAUAAACAAUUUCAACAGUACACUUGCCUACUAUGAAUCUCGACCUCAAGAAAUAAAGGCUCUCCAUGUACGAAACCUGACGGAGCAAGUAGGUGAAGAAGAAUUACGAAAAGCGUUUGAGUCCUUUGGCAAAGUUGAGCGCGUUAAAAAAGUUCGUAGUUUUGCGUUUGUCCAUUUUCAGGAUCCCCUACGAGCCUUGCAGGCCAUGCGCGAGCUCAACAACACAGCCCUGGUUGACGCCCGAAUCCAAAUUACCGUUGCCAAAAAGCCGUUCAACAUUGUCAUAAACUCUCACACCCAUCACCAUGCUCUCAAUUCGCAUUCCAAUCCCCACACUCACAAUUCUAUUGGGUCUGUCUCACCCAAUGGGCACACAUAUAGUCCAAUGGGUAUUGGGACAGCGUCUCUCAUUAAUUCGACUAAAAUUGACUAUAAAGAAAACCAAUAUCACCGCAAUUACUUUUCAUCCCCUGCAGCUGGUGUUAAAGCUGAAGGUGGAGGGGUCGCGUCACUUACUGGCUAUCCUAGUGUUGACCCUACAGAUAACAAGGCCGCUUAUCAACAUCACCUUGAUUUCCCCUAUUCUAGCCAUGAAGUGGCCAAAAACUAUCUACUCAUGCCAAGUUCGGGUCCCACAAAAUCUCACCAACGAAAUUCGCAUUUACCGAAUAGUUACUUGACGCAGGAAUUAUCGUCAUCGUUGCCCUCAACAUACCAAAAAUAUUACGCCAAUGAUCUCAAUUGUUCCGAUUCUCCCAUUGCUAAUGGAAAUAUUUACGCGCCCGUUCCGCCCCCAUUCCAUCGCGACUCUCAGCAUUCUCAUUCUGCUGUACCAUCCACCAAACAGGGUUUUGUUCUGGGACGAAAUCUUAUCAGCUCGACAAAAAGUAAAGUAGCUUCCCUUCCACCCCUCAUCUCCAAGCUCCAACCCAUUAUAGAUAACGUCAAGGAGCCUCUUAUAGGCCUGAAAUAUAUCACCGAGUACCAUUCUUACAGCAAUGGGAUACUAACAACUCGUUACGAAUGCUCUGUUUGCGACAUAACUCUAAACACCAAUAAAAUACCACAGCACAAAAUAUUAGAUCACAUUCGAAGCAACGACCAUAUUAGGGCCUACAUUGUGAAGGACCAUGCUGACAUCUGGAACGCGCUCGUCAAUCUAGCAGCCAGUCCUGAGGCAAAUGCUUCUCUCAACCGUGUUUUUUCAGGCUCAAGUCCACCCUUGUUUCUUUCCCCCGUGGGUGGUAGCGAGGGUGAUAACAUGUCCUCCCAAGACUCCCUCGCCAUAAACCACUCGGUGACGCCCCCAGUACCCUCGUCUUCCACCAUGAGCUCAUUUUUCCCACUCGUGGUAAGCAUGAUAGAGGCUAGGUAUAGUCGCCAAAAAAUCCACGUUAAACAUGACCCGAAAUUUCAGCCUCGGACUUAUUCAGCAGUUGUCGAUGCUACUCCUUCUUCUGGUUUGCCCGCCUACGAGGUAAAUAAGCCCGUAUCUCCACUUUCGCUUCCGCUUGCUAAACGGAUUGAAUCCAUUGCAAUUGAUGGUGUUCGCAUAAAAUCACCCGGCCAGCAUGAUCGCAGCAUUAUACAACAGCUUUUGGCCCGUUUAAAUAUCGACUCCAAACUCGUAGUUGCGCUAAAUAGACCCAUCGAGAAUCUGGAUGUGCACACUAAAUUUGUCCAUAGUAAACGUGCAAACAUCAUUCCUGAUCUCGGCCUCAUGAACAGCAGCAUUAUAGGGAAAGGUCGCCACAACAGUGCGGCAGGGAUAGACGACUUGACUCUUCAGGGCUCCAGAUCCAACCAUGAAGCGUCCCCAAAUUUUUUGGAUUUUUAUGCUGGAGUCACUGAGACUUACUUGUUGAAGAAGAUGGUUAGUAAAUACAACAGUUCCCCAUACGAAGAAGACAUCGAUAAUGAUUUUCACCUUGACCACUCCUUAGCCCAGCAUCUGGUUCACAAAUAUCCCUAUGGUAAGAGUGCCACAGAUGAUUAUAAAACUAAAUCUCUCAACUUUGAUGACGGCCUAGUGUAUGAAGCCGCCCCUGUCGAUAACCUUAGCGCAAUGUACCCCCGCGGGUUCAACGCCUCCACCCCCUUAGACGACCUAUCGAUCGAGGCUCGACGCAAUGUAAUGGGAUCGCCCAUUGCUGCCGCUCUCUUUUUUGGAAAUUCUGGUAAUGGAAUAAUCGGUAAAUCAUUUACUUCUCCCCCCGUUCAUCAGGUACAACACAGUAACCCUUUCACAUUGCCCACAUUUGAUCUCAAACUCAUGUCAUCAUCUUCAGCGACUGUGAAUCUUCCACUAGCUCCCGCCUCAGCCAAUCCUCAUUUUCGUUCAUGGCAAGGAAACUCUCAGGUCCUGCAACACCCUCCACAACAACCCUUACAUAACUACCAUCACCAAUUACAGCAACAACAAGCGGUUUCCAAUUCGUCUGUUAUACCUUACUCUGAUCCCGCCCAUCAAACCUCCACUUACUCCUCUUUUUUCGACCACGAUGAGUCUAGCAGCAUUGAUUAUCUCUUACUCAACCGAGCUACCGCUGCCUCUAAUUCCCGUACUCCUAUCCACAACAACGACCCCUUGGCAGAUCAUCUCAAAAGCGAAUCUAUUGUUGAUCCCGCCCUAAAAUAUGCCCAUAAUUCCGAUUACAGCAACAACCUUAACCGUAUAUUCGAUUACUACAACGCCUACUAUAAUAACUACAAUACCAGCAAUAUUAAUCAAAGCUAUAGUCACGACGAAGGCUUAAACGUGGAUAAUGACCAUCCCACUCUCGUCAAUAACACCCAUUCAAACAACGUUAAAAUCGAUGCUAAUGUUGACAAUUCGCAUAAUUACUUAUGAUAUUACCAUUUUUUAAAGUUUUUUUAAAAUUUUGAAGGCACAAAUUUAGGUCGACCAAUCGUAAAAUUCGUUAUUAUUAUUUUUUUUAUAAUCGAUGAUAGAAAUAUGAAAUAAUUCAUAUAUAUCUGUAUUUUUUUAUUUUAAUUUAUGAAACAUAGCAUAAAGAACAUACAAACUUAUAUAAUAUAUUAUAUUGAUAAUUUAUUGACGUAACAAACCGGAAUUUUUUCUUAUUGCACAUUUGUUUUUUUGUUAUUUUUGUUAUUCUCUUCAUUUAUUUUAUUUCUCAUUUUUUGGAUUUUGACAAUUUGAAAGAUAAUAAUUAUUAUAUCUUGUUUUCUAUCUACUAUGUACACCUAAAAUAAUUAUAUUCACAAACAUAAUCAAUCGUUAUCCUCUAGUUUAGCCCCCCCCCCUCUUCCCAGUAUGCCUUCUAAUGUUUUGAUCCGAUGAUUUAAAAAAACUUUUAUAAUAUAUAUUUUGAAUAUUUCUUUUUUAUAUUAAUCGUAACAAAAAAAUUUUAAAUUACGUAUCGUAUUUUAGACAAACAUAAAUAAGGGUUUACUAUUUUUUGCCCACUUUUUUUUAAAAAUAUAUAUAUACAUAUAUUAUAUAAUAAUAUAAUCAUAUUUAAAAAUAAUUAAUAAUCUGAGGAACCAAUUCAUUGAUAUCAUGACUAUUUGUCAUUAUUUCAUUUCAAAACAUAAUUAUUAAUUUUUUUUUAUAAUUCCUUACCAAGUAUUCCUAUUAUCAAGACGACAUUAAAAUUAUUUUAUUUUAGAUUAUAACAAUCAACUUUUGGCUCUUUUUUGAUAUAUAUUAUAUAUAAUAAAUUUUAGUAAUAUUAUCUCCAUUCGUUAGUUAUCACGUGUUAUAAAAACAUCCAGCCAAUCGCAUAAUUCGCUCUAUUUUUUAUUAAAAAUAAAAUAUAUUUUCAUUUUCUUAUAUUAAAAAAAUGUUUCUGGAAUAAUAUUUAUUCUCAUUCAUUUUAAUUAUUAUGGAGAAAUCUGAUACGCCCAUAUAAACUCC